UUCUUGUCUCUUCUUCUUCACUAUCUUCAUUAAUUUCUAACAGUUUCGAGUUCUGCACUCCGGUUCAGGCCGCGACGAUCCCUUUGCUCUGCAGCCAUAAGGAUGUCGCCGUCGACGCCGCCACCGGUUCCGGAAAAACCCUAGCUUUCGUCCUCCCCCUAGUAGAGAUUCUACGUCGUUCCACUUCGUACCCGCCGAAACCUCACCAGGUUAUGGGGGUGAUUAUAUCGCCAACGAGAGAGCUAUCAACGCAGAUGUAUAACGUGGCGCAGCCCUUUGUUUCGACUCUUCCAAAUGUGAAGUCUGUGCUGCUUGUUGGAGGCCGAGAUGUGAGAGCUGACAUGAAUACUAUAGAAGAAGAAGGAUGCAAUGUCUUGAUAGGCACGCCUGGGAGGCUAUCUGAUAUAAUGGAACGAAUGGAUAUUCUUGAUUUCAGAAAUCUUGAGAUACUUAUAUUAGAUGAGGCAGAUUCCAGAAGCAGGUGAACAGCAUUAUAUCUCGCUUGCCAAAGCAACGUAGGACUGGUCUCUUUUCAGCUGCACAGACAGAAGGCGUUGAGGGGAUGGCCAAGGCCGGGCUUAGGAACCCUGUGAGAGUUGAAGUUCGAGCUGAGUCAAAGUCUGCAUCAUCAAAUCAAUUGAUAAACUCGAAAAUACCUUCUGGUCUGCACCUAGAGUAUUUGGUAUGCGAGGCAGAUAAGAAAUCAUCACAGCUAGUGGAUCUCCUCAUCAAGAACAAAAACAAAAAGCUUAUAGUAUACUUCAUGACUUGUGCUUCUGUUGACUACUGGGGACUCGUUCUUUCAAAAAUCCCUGCCCUGAAGUCCAUUUCCUUAAUUCCUAUCCAUGGGGAUAAGAAACAGAGUGCAAGAGACAAGGCGUUGGCUUCGUUUACUAAAGCAUCAAGCGGUGUCCUUUUGUGCACUGAUGUCGCUGCACGUGGACUUGACAUUUCAGGCAUUGAUUACGUAGUUCAGUAUGAUCCCCCACAAGACCCAAGAAUGUUCAACCAUAGGGUUGGCAGAACUGCAAGAUUGGGAAAAGAAGGGAGGUCCAUAGUUUUUCUACUGCCUGAGGAAGAAGACUAUGUAGAGUUUUUGCGGAGAAAAGGAGUCUCUUUUCAAGAGAAAAAAUGCUACCAGGAAGCAUCCGAUGUCAUCCCGUUUAUACGUUCACUAGCCAUGAAGGACCGGGCAGUGUUGGACAAGGGAGUAGAGGCACUUGUUUCCUUUGUCUGUGCUUAUAAGUUGCAUCACUGCUCUUACAUUUUCAGAUGGAAAAGCCUUGAAAUAGGAAAGCUAGCCAUGGGAUAUGGACUCUUGCGUUUUCCUUCAGUGUCUGAAGUGAAACAAGGCAGACUUUCCAGUGAGGGUUUCACACCCGUUGAAGGCGUCAAUUUUGAAGACAUAAAAUUCAAGGACAAGUCUCUGGAGAAACAAAGAAAGCAAAAGUUACAAGCAGAGAAAGAGAAACCGCGAGAAGAGAACUCGAAAAAGGCGGUUGCUGCUUCUCCUGCUACCACAUAUUCUAACAAAAGGAAGUUAACAGGGAAACAGAGACAAACCAUCCAAACAGCUGAAGAUGAAGAAGAGAUGGCUCGAGAUUACCGGUUACUGAAAAAACUGAAGAAAGGUUCAGUUGAAGAAGAUGAUUUUGCUAAACUUACAGGAGCUGAUAACUUUUAAAUCUCACGAGAAGAAACAAACCUUUUCAAUUUUGCAAAACAUCUCUUUUUUUUUUUUGGGGUUUCAGGACAUAAUUAAUAGUUGUACAAGCAUCUCUUAUAUAAGAAGAAAGUUUACAUCUUGAUUUUCAUUCAUAUUUGGUUGUGAUCAGCUCUAGGGCUGGGCACAAGGCAGAGUGUACUUGCUACUUAACUUGCU